ACCGCGGCUCCGCCUCGUCUGCGGAGGAGCCGUGUAGAGUUAUCACCUUCACGUUUAAGUCAAACAUAGUGUUCCGGACUCAGCCAGCCAUCAGAUAUGAAUAUGUUGGAAUGUUAUGCUUGAUAUUCAUCUGUGCCUGCUGCUCAUUGACUAAUUUUAUGUACAGAAAUAAAAACUUUUGGAGUUGCUAUAGCUUUUGCCAUAUAACCAUUAAUGGACUAUAAUUGAAUUACCAUAUAUCUAUAUUUACAUUCAUUUCAUAUAAUGUGUUCUUAUACGUCGUUCCCACUUUGAAAUUACACACGAAUGUACCGAAAGCCGAUAUGUCCCAUUUCCCCCCUAGCACUUAAACGCAGCGCGUAUCCGACGAUCCGUGCACGCGCAUUUAAGUGAAUACAAACAGUGCCGCGCAUGUUAGUUUGUUCUUAGACACUUGUCCUCACAGGACGCUGUUUGAAAGCGAACAUUAUUAUAUCAGUGAAGUUGAAGAAAAAAAAUCUGAACGUAAAAUAUUAACAUUUGUUUAUUUUGUGACGUGUUCAUUUGUAAAAACUGAUUUCACAGAUUGCUUCGUGUGUGUGUGUGGAUCUGAACAUGUGUGACUCCUUUUCUGUCGCUUGUAGAUCAUGUGAUACACAUUUGUGACGUGUGUUCUGCGCAUGUGUUAGUCGCACACACCUGAGCGCGUGCAGCACCGGUUGACGCCACUUUAUAAUCAGGUAAUUGCGGCGGAGCGCGCGUGUGUGUCGCGGCAGCUGCGGCUCGUAUUACAGAAGUAUAACCGAACUGGAGAUUAUUAUUAAUAUCCACUUUCGUCCGAACACCGGACCUCGACCUGCUCGCUCAUGAAUCCUCCGGCCGGCAGAGACGACGCAGAGCCGCCAGAGCACUACAUGCCACAUUCGUCAUCAGCAUCUUCAUCAGGAGGAGGAGGAGGAGGAGGAGGUUUGUAUCUGGAUGCCUACGAGGUCUCGUUUCCCCUGGAGGAGAGUAUAGAGAGACCGGCGGCCUAUCACCUGGGCCACGGCCAGCAGAUGAUGGACGAGCCCGCGGUGCAGGAGCCUCCUCAUUCCCAGUACAGCCCUUUCAUCCUGGUCUCGAACCUGCGGGCUCACCUGUACGUUGCCCUGGAGAAGAACGCCUGGCUGCAGAAGCGCAUCGAGGAGCUGGAGGAGGAGCGCAACUUCCUGCGCUGCCAGCUGGAUCGCUUCAUCGUCAGCAUGAGGAGCCCGGACGUGACAGAGUGGUGUGGCGACGCCCAGCGGAGCGUGAAGGUGCAGCCCUCCAGCUCGCCCUCGCCUCCCUCCCCCAUGACCACCAGGUCGGGAAUGACCCUCAAGCGGCUGCAGGGCCCAGGAGCUCGGAGCCGCCGCAGCGCCGCCGUCCCCGUCAAGCAGGAAUACCAUCUGGAGGAAGAUAAAUACUACACCGAGGAUGAGUACGUGGAGGAAGAGGAGGAGGAGGAGGAGGAGGAGGACUCGUCGCUGGAGAAGGGGUCGAAGAAGAAAGGGCGAGCCAACGGGGAGCCGAGGCUGAAGAUGAGGAGGAUCUUUAGGAUCACACAUGGGAGGGAGAGACAGCGAGUCAAAGAUCCAGACGGAGUUCUGAUCCGCUACCAGAAGAUCCUGACCACCUACCAGCGGGUGAGGAGCAUGUCCCGGGCCUUCCAGAUCCACGGGGUCGACCGCAACACCAUGGCCUCCACCUCCCCGAUCGCCGAGCUGCUGCUCGUGGCCCCGGAGAAGGUGGAGGAGGUCGGAGAGUUUGAGGCGUCAAAGGAGAAGCUGCUGGAUUACGCCCGCCGCUGCUACAAGACGAUGGACGAGCCGACGCACGCGAAGGUCCAGGGUUUGAAAAAAACUCACAAGCUGCUGCCGAUUUCCUACAGGUUCCGAAACUGAGUGUCCAGAAUAUUAGAGGCUGAAUCGCAGCAGUGACUUAGUUUGGAUACAGUAAAAGGAUUAUUACCAACAAGCUGCUGGACAUAUAUUUAAAAUAAAUAUAAUCUGCAGCUCUUUGUUUUUUUAAUUUGUUUUGUUUUUUUACUGCAUUUUCAGUUGUAAAACUAGUUACAUGAGUUACAUGAUGACACUAAUCACCUUACUGAAGUUCUACGUUAAGUAGCAAAUGCAGUGUUUUGUAAAUAAUAAUUUCCUUGAGCAUGUUUUCAGUUUCAAACGCUACUGACGAACUUUUCAUGUUUUAUGUUGGACAUGAAAAGGUAUAAACUGUUGAAUAUUUAGUUCUGGGAGUAUUUACAGAUUUCUGGCCUUAAUUAGUUUCACAUUUUUGUUUUAUACCAGAUGAGUGACAGAGAGGAAUAUUUAUUAUUUAUUAACACAUGUAGUUUAUGAAGGAUUAUUUUGUGAAAUAUGAACAUUGAAUGUGUGUCAUUGAAA